AUGGAUAAAUGGCUGAAAAUUGUAACUUUCAAGCGAUCAGAAAGUGAUCCAACGAUAAGGCCCAUUGAUCCCUCGACAUCAAAUGAAGCCAGAAGAAACGAAAAUAUGAUUGCUGAAAAAUUAAUUAAACCCUGUGUUAAAGACAUAAUAACAUGUAAGCUUGGUGCAAAAUAUGUUAAGGAAAUUGACACCAUACCUCUUUCUGAUACUACAAUCCCAAGACGGAUUAAGAAAAUGUCAUCUUUUUGUGAAGAUGAAUUAAUUUCUCGUUUAAAAUCUUCUCCUCAUCAAUUUACGAUGCAAUUGGAUGAAACAACAGAUGUGGCUGGAUUGGCGAUUUUGAUAGUUUUGGUCCGUUAUGUUUGGAAUUCUACCAUUGAAGAAGAUAUGCUUUUUUGCAAACCUCUAAUAGAGAGAGCUAUUGGUGAAAAAAUUUUCGAACUAUUAAAUAAAUAUAUGGAAGACCAUGGAUUAACUUGGGAUCUAUGUUCACAUAUUUGUACAGAUGGAGCAAAAGCAUUAUUGGGCUCAAACAAAGGGGUAGUCUCACGAAUAAAAGCAAUAGCUCCACACAUGCAACAUUCUCAUUGCUGCCUUCAUCGUAAUGCACUCGUGGCAAAACGAAUACCAAAACUAUUAAAAGAUGUUUUGGAUGAAGUUGUGAAAAUUAUUAAUUUCAUUAAAUCUAAGGGAUUAAACUCAAGAUUACUUACGUUGUUAUGUGAGGAAUUAUCUAGUAAUCAUAAAACCUUGCUUCUACAUGCAGAGGUGCGUUGGUUAUCGGGAGGGAAAAUCUUGAGCCGAUUUUUUGAAUUAAAAGAUGAAGUAAGGAUUUAUUUGAAUGAACGAAAAUCUGAGUAUGCCCAAAAAUUACGUGAUCAAAACUGGUUACAAUUGGUAGCCUACCUGGCAGACAUUUUUGCAAUACUGAAUAAAAUUAAUAUAUCCCUUCAAGGACUCACGGGUUCCACUACUCAAGAACGUUUGAAAACCGCUGGAAUAAACGGAUAUAUUGCACCAUUGCACCAGACUUGGGUAUCGCUCAUCCCUUCCAUUCAAAACAAGUUAUAG